AUGGAUUUUGCCUCGAAACGACGACGAAGAAGGCGGGUUGCCGACGAGAAUCGCAAAAGGGCACCUCGAGCUGAUCCCACCGAACCUGGUGAAGCCACCGUAUCAAGCAACAGCCAAACUCGGCUACGGCGAGAUGACGACAAUCAUAAUGAUCCGCUUUCUCCAGCAUCAGUUUUGUCCCAAAGGCUCGCCGAACAUGUUGUUGCAGGUCAAUCCAAAAGGACCCCGUGGCCAAACAUCCUCUCCCGUCUGAGGGAGGCGUUCUCGCUAGGUCCGGAUGCUGCUCCCGAAGAAAGGGAUAUGGUCAGCAUGCAAGCAGCACUUAAUCCAUCCGAGGUGGCACGUUCACAUGCAGCAAUUGACGCAUUUCCUCCACGCCCUAUUGCCGACUUUUUGCUUUCAGUAUUUAUCAAACAUGCAACAGAUACAUUCUUCUACUUUGACCAGGAUCAAAUAUUGUCUGAAAUUGACCAAUUUUACAACGACACCACCUCCCCGUUGAGAUCUGACUUGAGCUUUGUCUGCCUUGUAAUGGCAACAUUCGCCCUAGGCAGUCAGUGGACGCCACUAGAAAGACCGAAUGAAUCUGCAGUCAGCCUAUGUCGGGAUAAUGAUGAUUUAGGCCAAGUAUUCUAUACCCAUGCCAAAACGCUUAUCCCUGACCUGAUUGACCGGCCUUGCCUUCGAUCCAUUCAAGCGCCUUUCUUGUUGGGUGUCUACCUAAUGCCAGCAAGUGCCAUUGGAUCAUCCUAUGUCUAUAUGGGCUUGGCGUUGCGCAAAGCACUGGCGUUUGAUCUCCAUCUUAACCCAGAAGAUCAAGCAGUUGAUGACCGGGAGAGAGAGGUCCGGUGUCGGUUAUGGUGGUCAAUCUAUUCCCUCGAGAGGUGUACCACUGUCAAACUAAAUAGACCUCGCUCUAUUGAUGCCAACGUAGCCACAGUGCCACAUCCAUCGCCUCUCCCAUCACUGGAUUGCCUGCAAAGAUACAACAAUAUUCAAUUUCAGAUGGCGUACACUCGUCUGAUCAAGAUUCUCGAUCGAAUUGCAGAGCCAUGCGUUGGCACCGCAACAGAUGGGCAGUCAGAAUCCGAAGCUCUGGCCUCUGAUCUUCGGCAGUGGAAGAAGUCCUUACCACUAGACUUCAAGCUUGACAACAUGGACCCUAAAGACUCAAGAUACCGCACGAUCUUCCAUCUCUAUUUGAAUUAUUACUAUGCGUGGAUAACCAUGGGCAAAGUCGCCCUAGUAACUGUUGCCAGAACUAGUCUUCGCCGUCAUAUGGUUCCUGCAUCGCACCCUCCUGAUCCAAGCGAGGCUACUUUGAGGCAAUCUCGAGAUUGUGCAAAGGCAGCUAGAAAACUUCUCCUGCUGUUUGAAAAUCUGACACAAACCCGCAACAUCACUCGUUUCUCCUUCACAGACUUUCAGGGAUGCAGUAUUGCGACGAUCGUGACACUAGUGGCUGGAAUCACCGAACGCGAUUCAGGAUACAAUUCUCGAGUGAAAUUUGGUCUAGAUUGCCUUCGGAAAAUGGCAACAGGGAACAUGACAGCCAAAUUGGGAGUGAAAUUUGUCGAGGCCGUGCAGUCGAUAACAAACGAGGCCGCAGAGAAGCUCCAUCAAGCGUCCUCUACUCCCAGCGAAAGGCAGGAUGUGCAAGCUUCGGCUUCCACGUCUGAUUACAACCAAUGGGCCGAAUGGCUUACCAGAUUGGAACGCUCUCAUACAAUGGAGCAAAGAGUAAUCCAUGAGGUAGAGCCUGAACUACCGUUUUUACAUACUGUACAACACCCACCACAGCCAAACGAGAAUAUUUCCGAUUGGAGGAAUGCUGGUGAACAGUCUAUCUCGGAAAGCUCGAUCCCGCAAAACCUGGCACAUGGCUCUGGUAUGCCACGGGAGUUCCAGUCUAUAGAGUACGACCUUUUAUCAGGACUCCAGAGUGAUGAUCCAGCGUUUCUCAUGGGUUUAACUGGGCUUGACGUCCUAGACUUCUCUGGGUUGACAUAA